AGUAGAUGUGUUUAACUGAUUGUUGUUCUACCACUAGAGUGAAUAGUAUUGUUCAGCUUACAAGCAACUUAGUUGCGCGUCUUCUGUUUUCAAAUACGCGUCAUGUUACUCAAUUUAAUCGGUGUACUUUAUGUAAUUGCUCAGUUCGGAACUGUAUUGCUGCAGACCCAACGGCAUCCUUCACCCUUAGUGACCCCGACCAGUGGAGCGAAUAUUAUCCAAACCAGUAAGAUGGCAUCGACAGCGGGCAAAACUUAUCCGACAACGUUGGAAGGAUUUGGAUAUGGAUUUACUGAAGAUGGAAAACUUCGGCAGCUGGACAAGGACACCGGAAAGCUGACGGACGAUGUAUUCGAUUUCAACAUCUACACCUCGGCUCAGGAAAAUCAAGCACACUACGAAGCCCUUGGGGAUGUCAUAACGGAAACCAUCUAUGAACGUUUGGAGCAGAAGGUCGGGCUGAAGCGACUCUACAUCCCGGACGACGUUCCCCCAGAAGCAGCAACCUUCGUUUUCAGCACCAAGGAAAAAUUUGACCAGCCGAAGAAGCUGCUGGUUCUGAUCCAUGGUAGUGGAGUCGUUAGGGCUGGCCAGUGGUCCAGGAGUUUGAUCAUCAAUCACAGUUUGGAGUCGGGAACGCAAAUUCCUUACAUCGAGAAGGGUCGAGACCUCCACUACGAGGUCCUUUUAACCAAUACCAAUGAUAACAGUCGCAAAGUGGCCGGUGGAGGGAUGAAAUCAAUCAAGGGAAGUCGGAAUCCUACCGAACAUGCCGUGUCGGUUUUCGAGAAGUUUAUCAUUCCUAGCAAUCCGGAUGCGGUAGCAAUUGUUGCCCACAGCUACGGGGGUGUUGUCACCGUAGAACUCGCUCAGAAGUUUCCUCAGUUUUUCAAGGAAAAAGUGUUUGCCGUUGGGUUCACCGAUAGCGUACAUUCGUCUUCGUUGGUUCCGAAGGUGUUAACUGAGAUUGGGCGUAAUUGGGUUACAUCGAGAGAACCAAUUGACACACCCCUUUCAAUUUCCAAGACUGAUCUACCACGUUAUUCAGCCGGCCACACCAAACACGAAAUGACAUCGUACUCCUGCAUGGAGGUGCUGUUCAAAUUCUUCGAGGAACGAUACGAGCAGUUCACCGCAGAUUCCAGUCCAAAGUCGAAAAAGCCGAAAAGUGAUCUUUAAGUACAACCCACUAAAAAGGCCAUUAAAUUUCCUCUGUUAAAUAAAAGAAAAUCUCUCUUACAAAUUUCAAGAACAUCCUCCACCCCACGUCAUCUAAAAAGUUUGGAAAAUAAAAUUAAGUCCAAUGAACG